AUCACUAGGCGACGAGUUUUCUCCGGCCGCAAGUGGUUGAAUCGGAUUCACCUUCGACUGAAAAAAGAUGCGACGAGUUUUCUCCGGCCGCAAGUGGUUGAAUCGGAUUCACCUUCGACUGAAAAAAGAUGGCACCUUCACCCACAAAGCGGAAGGAGGAGGAAAAAACAAAAGACAGAGGCAAAGAAAAGACUAGUACCAAGGAAGGAGAUAAGGAGAGAGGACGGGAGAAAGCUAGGAAACGUCGCAGUGCCUCUACUGGCAGCAGCAGCUCUACUUCAAGCAGCAGCUCUGGUUCAAGCUCAGGUUCCUCAAGUGGAUCCAGCUCAUCCGGAUCCAGCCGCUCUGGUUCUUCAAGCUCUCGUUCCUCGUCUUCCAGCACCUCAGGAUCCCCCAGCCCCGGCCGCAGACGCCAUGACAACCGCCGCCGAUCCCGCUCGGCGUCUAAAACACAGAAGCGGGGUGAUGACAAGGAGCGAAGGAAAAGAAGCCCGAGCCCCAAACCAACUAAAGUUCACUUAGGGCGGCUGACCAGGAAUGUCACCAAGGACCACAUCCAGGAGAUCUUUUCCACUUAUGGAAAAAUCAAAAUGGUCGAUAUGCCAAUGGACAGGGUCCACCCACACCUGUCCAGGGGCUACGCUUAUGUGGAGUUUGAGACUCCUGAUGAGGCUCAGAAGGCCCUCAAACACAUGGAUGGAGGUCAGAUCGAUGGACAGGAAAUCAGUGCAUCUGCCGUGCUGACUCAACGAGUUCGUCCUCCACCUCGUAGACCUUCUCCCCCUCGCAGAAUGCCUCCGCCACCACCGAUGUGGCGUCGCAGUCCACCACGCAUGAGGAGAAGGUCUCGCUCCCCGAGGAGGCGGUCCCCAGUACGCCGCCGCUCUCGCUCCAGAUCUCCUGGUCGUAGGCGCCACCGUUCUCGUUCCAGCUCAAACUCCUCCAGAUAGACGAGUUUCCUUCCUCCUGAUACCAAGUGAUCUCUUCGAUUCUGACUCCAGAUCAGUUGGAGUUCCUGUUUUCCCAGAUCUCAUACAACUGCAUUGUAGCAAACAUAAACAUUUGCCUGCAUAUGAGUAUUUUCUUUUCAUAUUUUGUGUUUGGUUGAUCCUGAAAGCUGUCUCGACAUUUAUGUUGUGUUUCAAGCUGAGGUUGGGCUCCACUGAGAUCUACAAAUAUUUCUUUUAAACUGUGACCGACUUCUUUUUACCAUGUACUCAAAUUUUUAGACAUUUUGAAAAAUAAAAAAUUGCUGAAACGUG